AUCAGUGAACAGCAAGUUCUGUGGCUUUCUUUCGAUAUCCGCUUGAGUUUUACCAGUUGGAACAUCGCUCUGCCCAUCAGUCUACAGCGGGUAGGCACAGGAGGAGUCAGUGUGGGUGGCACACAUCGCCGGGCUCCUUCCGACAAAACGUAACGACCUGCACAGAGAGAGAGACGGGAGGACGGAAGACAUGCUGAAGAUUCACAAGGCUUUCUGAACCUCCGCAACUGUCAGAAUGACAAUUUUGAAAGCCGGGAAUCCCAAGUCAUCCUUAGAAGAUUGAAUUUUCAGUCUUAAAAUAAAGAAGAUGUUCACUCAAAUUUUUGCACUUCUACUCCUGAUGUUUUUUGGACUGAGUCAUGAAAGUCAAGAUGCUGGGGACACUCAGCUGGACUGUUUUUCUGAUUUCAAGUCCACAAUCACUUGUACCUGGAACAACACACAGAAAUCACAAGACAUCCAGUGUCACCUCAGCGGUUUGUGGAUAUUCAGAGAUGAUACAAGGAAUUGUCUUCUUCUUCCCCCAGAGGAUGAUGACACACUUCGUCAGUGCUCCUUAAUUUUCGCAGAGCCCACUGAAAGCAGCUUCAAUUCAGUAAGCAGUUUUAAAAUCCAAGUGCGUUGUGAAAAUUCCACUAUGGCAGAAAUUCUAAAUUUUAAACCUUCAGGCAAAAUUAAAAUGUAUUCACCAAUUGAAGUCUCUGUGGAUGACAAUGGAAAUGUAUCUUGGGCAAUGAACAGAAGUUUAGUGUCCCACCAUUUCAAGACUCUUAUCUAUGAAUUACAGUAUAAAACCAAAUCGGACUCCUGGGAGAGGUCCAAGCAAAUUCAAGACAUGACAUCGAUGAAGCUUAACCCUAAAGAAUUUGUAGUCGGUCAGCUUUAUGAAUUCAGGGUCCGAGUUAAAACAUCCAAUUAUCCGAGCUCUUGGAGCAACUGGAGUCAAGUUUAUGAGUGGAAAUCUAAAGUGGGAAGAUUAGACCAAGCUGUGAAUAAUGAGAGCACAUUCAACUUGGUCCUAUUUUCAAUUUUUGCUGGGACAGGCUUUGUCUUCAUUUUGGUUUUCGUAGGAGUUCGCUCUCAGUCCUUCUGUCAUCUUAAAGUACCUGAUCCAUCCAAGUACUUUGACCCACUUCACUCUCUUCAUGGAGGAAACUUUCAGAAAUGGCUCAGCCCGAUGUUUGCUCCAGAGUCGUUUAGAAUUGAUAAAACAGAAGCCAUAUCUCCAGUAGAGGUGUUUGUCAAAGACACAGCCAGCCUUUUCAAAGCAUCAAGCUUCCUCAAACUUGGAGAUCGAUGGGAAAACAGUCAUCAGUCAUCUUCUGGCUUCUCUAACAUGGGGUACUUUUUCUCCAAGUACCCCAGCUCCUAUGAGAUCGACUCUUGUCCUGUGUACUUUAGCUAUGAACCCACAAAGCACGAGAACACUCUGUUGGACAAAAAGGAAAACCAUGAUGACAGCCAAGAAAGGUGUGAAGAGCGGAUGUGUGAAAGCCCUACAGGACAUGGGCCCUUAACACCACACCUGGACCCCGAUUCAGGAUUUGGCCCAGAGGAAGGCAGCAUGUUUAGCGGAGAUUUGUCUUUUUGGAAUGGCGGCUCACUUCAAAGCACAAGCCAACCUUGUGGAGAAGUUCUGCACAACUCCCGAGACCAACCAGAGAUGCAGAAGCCGUUCUUAACACCCACCCACACAAGCUCGCCACACUUCCUGGCUAAUGGGUCUGACCCAUCGCAGCCAUUGGGCAUUCCUGUAUUUUUUCCUGAGGGCAUGAACCUCAGCUCCAUAAAUGGCUGCCUGUCUAAACUUCCUGAUGACCUCUUUCUAUGUAAAUCGGCCUCCUUGGCCAUUGCGCCAGCCGCAGAUGGGUAUCUGAGUGUCAAAGAUGUGCAAAACCGCUACUGCAACAAGUCGAUUUAAAACAUUUUGCUUCACUCAUCCUGGAGACCUACUUCCUCUGUGGCAGAGCAGCUCUGGGGUAAAAAACCUGGAGCGGUCUCGAUAGAAUUAAUGACAAGUCAACUCUAUGGACACAAAAGAAAUGCAACCAACCAAAAGAGCAUCAAGUCACAAACGGUUUGGAUUCACAGUUUUUUUUGUAUGUCGCUGUACUAUGCAGCUGUCCUCAGAAAUAAAGGAGAUUGUUUCAGUUGUUUUGAGUUAAAUCUGAUGAUCUGAAUGACUGCUCUUUGAUGUCACAUAUCGACCUACUAUGCUUGCCGACUACACCGUAUACAAACAUAUGGUAUGUAGCUAGCGCUCACACAUACAUAUGCAUACAUGUAUUUUUUGGCAGCUAAUUCUACAUGGCCGGACCGCCGAACAUGAAAUGUAAAGUGAGUGCCUACCACAUUCUGAAUGUCCCCAGACUUGUCAUUGCCAUGUUCAGUGGACCCCAUGUUAGCAUUUGGAAGAGGUUGUCUACUUUUUUUUGUGUUGUUUUUGCAGAGUUACGCCAACAACCACAACAAGAAAUGAUUGUUUUAUGUCACAGCAAGCAAGAAGUGACAAUUGUCUUUUGGGAAAAGUAAAUAAGUAAUGGCAUAAUGAAUUGCAAUGAAUCUUUGUUUCAAAGAAGGAAAAGGUCAACCUUUUAUGGAAACCAAAAUCCCCGUGCAACCUCUUAUUAAGACUGGACAAUCCAGAAAAGUGGAAUUAUAAAAAAAAGAAAGAUAAAGGGACUCUCAACUACUUGGAGUCUGCCAAACGUUGACUUUUGAACAUUACAAACCAUUUUAUAAGCUAUCGUUAUAUUGCCUCCUGGAUGUAAGCCAUGCAGUACUUUGCUCUUUUCAAAAACUCUAAAUGGCAGAAUUAUGAAGAAGGAAAAUCCGCAGCCAUGGUGUACUAAAGGGGAAGAAACCUGCUGGUUGGUAUUUGAGGAAGGGAAGAGUAAGAGAUUGUAAGUGUUCAGCAUGUUAGAUGUCAGAUAUUCCUGGUCAGGGUUAAAAAGAGCUGGAGCGUAUCCCAUCGGUAUGGGAUGCAAGGCAGAAUCUAGCUUAGUAAAUAUCAGGAAAGGUAAUCAGGCAUACUGCUUUGAGUGGUGCAUGAACUGAACCAGAGCCCAAGGGGCAGCUGUCAUGUUUCAGCCAGUGUUUCUCCCCUGACUGUGAUUCAAAGUUGUGUGUUUUGUCUAAUUUUGUGUCAUUUACUUGUAUCAACAUUUCUUUUGUUUAUUAUGUAUAUUAUUCUUUGUGUUUAUUUGAUUAGGACCCAUGUGUUUUGUGGGUGGUUCCCAAAGGGGUGGGGCCACCUGCCAAUCACCACCAGGAGCUGCCCUCUGCCCUAUUUAUUGGAGGGCCUUCCGAAGUUCCUGGCAGUUCAUUUCAAAUACGCUAGGGAGUGGAGUGUCAUUUGUGUUCUUGUUGCGUCUUGUUACUUUUUAUGAACCUGUGCCCUUCUUCAGGCAAGAUGUUUUAUAUAGAUUAUUCAAGGCCCUUUUUUGGAUCUAGUCGGGGUUUGGAUGGUAUUUUUCUCCUGGCUAGAGGGCCAUUUUGAAAGUGUUUUUGAGACCCCCCGAGUCAUGAGAAAAAUUUUUAGAAUUUAAAAUGACAAAGUUUAUGAAUUCAGCUUUUAAUAGCGGAAGUGACAACCACAAUAGCCUGUAAUUUGUGUGUUAGGGGUCCAGUGCAAAUUUGAAAACAUUCAUCUCACAUUUCAUAUGAUUAGAAAAGAACAAAUAUUUAUAAGUAACAUAGAUAUUUGACACAGUUUUAAAAGAUGCUGCCUGACAUCUCUCGGGACUUGGGUUCCAAUUUCAACUUGCACGUUAGUAUUUAUCGUGGAACUGGAGUUUCCGAAUUGCAAAGAUGUACAUAGUAGAUGAACUGGUCACUCCGGACUGCCUGUAUUUGUGUGCCUGCUCCCUGUGAUCGACUGAUUUCCCAUCCAGCCAAGUUUGAGCAUAGACUUGGACUCUUUACGACCCUAAACAUUAUUGUAUGGGUUGAAAAAAUAGAUAGGAGGAAUUAUUAUUGUUAUUAUUAUAAUUGUACUCUAGAUAGUGACGAGUCUCAUGUAGAGGCAAAGCUAGUUCAACAAGUCAAAUGGAAAUAUUCUGACAUUAAAUGAAUCAUUGUCAGUUCGCUUAGUGAAUAGCAGCACAUUAAGACAAUGGCUAGCACUGCUGCCUCACAGCUUCAAAGACCAGAGCUGGAAAGUUCAUUUCAGCUCUCUGCCUGUGACGAGUUGUCACAUUCAUGUCCACCGUAACAAAAGGACAAGUGUCUGUGGGUCCAUCCAGUUGUUCUUGCUAUCCAACAGAUGGUGCAUCAUAAACAUUAGCUCUGCUUUUACGAAUCCUGUACCAAAUAGUAUGUGACAGGGACACAACAACCCACACAGACACACUGGAAACACUGCAAAUAUUAAAGCUGAGGUCUACGUUGAUUAUUUAGAUUUCAAUUCAUCUUCGAUAGGGAGCACAGCUAGUUCACAGUUUAGGUGGGUAUUCACUGCGUACCCCAGUUUGCUCCCUCCUCCAAAAGCGGUUCAUGUUAAAUUAACUGAGAUCUCUAAAAAUGACCCAUCAUAGGUCAGUCCACAUUGCAUUGCUGUUGGGAUUGAUUCUGGUCCACUACAAGGAAAAAAAAAAUCUUCAAAGAUGGAGGCUUUAUUGACUAUCUUUUCAUUUCAAGUUGUGACCUCCAACUCAAAGCAGUCGACGGAAAAUAGACGACUAUGAGACAGAUUUGUUUCUUUUUUUUGAUACUCAACAAAGCUGUUGUUUUUAAAAAAUGCUUCAGAAACUGGCAACUUUUGUGGAGCUGCUUUCACUGGGGAAAUUGUCUUGACACUGAUAGUAGGACUUCCCUCAAGCUUAUACAGCUCACACAUUCACACACACCGAAGGGCAAUUGCCGUUUUAACAUUUUACAUUCAGAGGAGGAAACCGAGCCCGUGGGCUCCACAUAAGCUAUUCUAUUGUAUUACUUAGCUGCUAAAGGCAUUGCCGGAUUUUAUAUUUGUCCUCAGCUGCCAACAUGACAUACAAAAAUAUAUUUAAGCAGUAUUAAUUUAUUAAGUGAUGUUAAGAGUUUAAUCAUGCCUAUAAUUUUUUGAGACAUCUGCUGCUCAUGCUAAAGAACGACAAAUCCAGCAUGUGCAGUCUUGCUUUCCGUUGUGGCAUGAAGCACUGAAAUAUGUGGAAUGCGAUUCCUUUAUCAAGUAACUCAUUUUGCAAACGUUAAAAAGGAAACCCCACUAUAGUAGCAGCCGGUGGGGAAAAACACGCGUUAUAGGCAUUUGUAGUAUUUAUGUCUUUCUUACGUUAGCACUUUUUUGAAGAGCCUUUAAACACAUUGUGUAAUAAAUGCCAAUGGUUUUCAUCUGAAAUCAGCAGAUGCUUCAGUCAAGUUAACUGUUGAGAAUUCAGACAGACGUUUGGGAAAUUUUAUUGAGCUGUCUAACAAAUACAGAGCCUUGACCUUAAAAAAAAAAAAAUGCAAACAAACAAAACUAAAUUCCCCAUAAAGGGGAAGUUCACACUUUUUUGAUGUAUGGGCUUUUUAGAACAGCAAAGCAAAUCUCUAAACUCAAACGCUAUUUUUGUUUGAUGCUUACACAAAAAGGAUAUAAGUUAAUGAGUUUAAACUGUUAGAUAGAUAGAUAGAUAGAUAGAUAGAUAGAUAGAUAGAUAGAUAGAUAGAUAGAUAGAUAGAUAGAUAGAUAGAUAGAUAGAUAGAUAGAUAGAUAGAUAGAUAGAUAGAUAGAUAGAUAGAUAGAUAGAUAGAUAGAUAGAUAGAUAGAUAGAUAGAUUUUAGUAUAGUAGGCAGGAUAAGAUAGACUUUAAUUUUAGUGUAGUUGGCAGGAUAGAUAGAUAGAUAGAUAGAUAGAUAGAUAGAUAGAUAGAUAGAUAGAUAGAUAGAUAGAUAGAUAGAUAGAUAG